AUGGAGGUUUUGGGCUUGGGGUUUAAGACUUGGUGUCUGGUGGUUCUCCUAGGGCUGUUUCAGUUCCCUGGUCCAGCUCAGGGUCAAGUUCCAGCCCCGAGAAGACUACGAUUUAAAGUCGUGAAUUCGGGAAGGUUACAUGUAUCGUGGAAAGAGCCAAGAGGAGAAUAUGACGGCUAUAGAUUCAUAUACAGCAGUGAACCAGGCGGGGAGAGGAAGGAGUUGCAAAUCGCGAAAGGGGAGACUAAAGUGGUGAUAAAUGGCUUCGACCCGACGAAGGAGUACCUGGUCAAGGUUAUUGCUUUGAGUGGGAAUCAGCAAAGCAGAGUGCUGCAAGGAAAGUACGCAGAGGAGCAGGAUACGGACAGAGACAAUGUCCAGCCUCAUCGGCUACGGGAUAGUCAACCCCCGGAGUACGGCAAUGAGAUAUCUGGAGCAGAUGUGUUUGUUUGCACGACGGCAGCUGUGGCUGACAUCGUCAUCCUGGUGGACGGCUCUUGGAGCAUCGGAAGGCUGAACUUCCGACUGGUCCGUACGUUUUUGGAAAACCUGGUCAACGCCUUUAGCGUGGGCAUCGACAAAACCAGAAUAGGUUUGGCCCAGUACAGCGGAGACCCUCGUAUAGAGUGGCACCUGAACGCCUUUAACACCAAAGAGACGGUGAUUGACGCUGUCAGAAAUCUCCCUUACAAAGGAGGAAACACACUCACAGGUCUGGCUCUGACCUACAUCCUAGAGAACAGCUUCAAACCUGAAUCAGGCUCCCGCCCCAAUGUCCCCAAAAUCGGAAUCCUCAUCACAGAUGGGAAGUCCCAGGAUGACGUCAUUCCUGCUGCUCAGAGCUUACGCGAUUCCGGGAUCGAACUUUUCGCAAUCGGUGUUAAGAAUGCAGACGAGAACGAGCUGAAGUCCAUCGCGUCCGAACCGCACGACACACACGUCUAUAACGUUGCUGACUUCAGCAUAAUGAGCAGUAUCGUGGAAGGGUUGACCCGGACGGUGUGUGAGCGCGUGGAGGAACAGGACAAAGAGAUCAGAGCGGACAACGAGCUGACCCUCGGACCUCCUCAGGACCUGGAGACCUCUGAGGUCACAGCCCGGAGCUUCCGUGUGUCCUGGGGUCACGCCCCAGGAAACGUGGAGAAGUACCGCGUGGUGUACCACACCAGUGUAGGGGGACAACCGGAUGAGGUGGUGGUGGACGGCAAUGAGAACUCUGUGGUUCUUAGGAAUCUGAACUCAGUGACUGAUUAUGAACUGGCUGUGUUUGCUGUUUAUUCCAACGCUGUCAGUGAACCACUUAGGGGCACAGAGACCACUUUGGCUCUGCCCAUGGUAGGAGGUCUGAUGUUGUAUGAUGUGACCCAUAAUUCCAUGCGUGCUCGGUGGAAAGCCGUGGAGGGGGCGUCUGGGUAUAUGAUCUUAUACGCCCCGCUGAUCAGCGACGCCACAGACGAGACCGAGGUGAAAGUUGGAGACAGUGUGACUGAUCUGGAGUUGGUUAAUCUGAGUCCAGAGACAGAGUACACUGUCACCGUCUAUGCCCUGUUUGGAGAGGAGCCCAGUGACCCUGUGACCUUACAGGAGACCACCUUGCCUCUGUCUCCCCCUCGGAACCUGCGGAUCUCCGAUAUCAAUGACAGUUCUGCUCGACUCAGCUGGGACCCGGCACCAGGCAGGGUAAACGGGUACCGCAUCCGACACGUCACAACUGACGGACUCCAGACCGGCGAGGUUGAGGUGGGUCCAGUCACGGAGGUGGUUCUGAAGGAUCUGGCAUCCUCUACAGAGUACACAGUUGCAGUAUUCGCCAUUUAUGACGAGGGCCAAUCAGAGGCUCUCAGCAGCAGCCUCAGAACAAAAUUUAGGCCCGGACCACAGCUCUGGAUCAGUGACGCUGCUUCAGAGAGCUUAAGGGUCAGCUGGAGACAUCCGUCAGAGGGUGUAGCACUCUAUAAACUCUCCUGGUCUCCACUCGGUGAAGGGGACACUAAAGCGGUGGUGCUGGCUGGAGAUGAAGACUCCUAUCCCCUCAGCGGUCUCUCCCCGCUCACCGAGUAUGAGGUGGCCCUGUCUGCAGUCUACAAAGACCAGUCAGAGAGUGAUGCUGCCGUCAUCCUGGGAACUACACUGGGAAUGACGACUACAGAACCCACCACUCUGGCCGUUACCACCACAGCAAUGACUCGGUUGGGCGUGAGCAGUGUGCUGGUGGAGGAUGAGACGACCUUUAGUCUCCAGGUGAGCUGGGAGAUCCAGGACCCUGAGGUGGAGCAGUACCGGGUGUCGUACGUGAGUUUGAGGGGAGACCGUGCUGAGGAGAGUGUGCUUGUUCCAGGCCAGGAGAAGACGGUGCUCUUGCAGCCUCUGCUCUCUGACACAGAGUAUAAGGUGACGGUGAGUCCUGUCUACCCUGACGGAGAGGACAGCACACUGUCCAUGUCCUCUAUGGGACGCACCUUGCCGCUGUCUGCACCCACUAAUCUCCGGGUCUCUGAGGAGUGGUACAAUCGGUUUAGAGUCACCUGGGAUCCACCUCCCUUUCCAACCAUGGGCUACAGGACCCUCUAUCAGCCUGCCUCAGAGUCUGGUCGGCCGCUGGAGGUGUUUGUGGGUGAUGAUGUGAACACACUGCUGAUUGUGAACUUACUGAGCGACACGGAGUACAGUGUUAAAGUCAUCGCUACAUACAGCACUGGGACCAGUCAGCCUCUCACUGGUACCGCCAAGACACUGAACCUGGGUGUGACCAACCUGAGUACGUAUCAGGUGCGAACUGACAGUCUGUGUGUUCAGUGGGACUCACAUCUCCACGCCACCCUCCACAGAAUUACUAUAGAGUCACUGCUCAACGGGCAACGUCGGGAGAUGAGCGUGGGCGGCGGGACCUCCAGACAGUGUUUCCAGGAUCUUUCCCCCAACACCCAGUACAAGAUCAGCGUCUACACGCAGCUGCAGGAGACAGAGGGCCGCGCCGUAACCACCAUGGACACCACCCUUCCAGCUCCAACUCAGCCACCCACUACACCACCCACAACAAGCCCACUGCCAACGAUCCCAGCAGCCAAAGAAGUCUGCAGAGCUGCUAAGGCAGACCUGGUUUUUCUAGUCGACGGUUCCUGGAGCAUAGGAGACGACAACUUCCAGAAGAUCAUUCGCUUCUUGUACAGCACGACCGGAGCUCUGGAUGUGAUUGGCCCGCAGGGAACGCAGGUGGCCAUUGCUCAGUUCAGUGAUGAUGCCAGGACCGAGUUUAAACUCAGCUCCCACAUCGACAAAGAGUCUCUACUGGACGCCGUGCAGCGCAUCCGCUACAAGGGCGGGAACACGAAGACAGGCCGAGCCAUUAAGCAUGUGAAGGAGGCCAUUUUCACCGAGGAGGGGGGCACAAGAAGAGGUGUCCCUAAAGUUUUAGUGGUGCUGACCGACGGCCGUUCCCAGGACGACGUCAACAAGAUCUCCAAGGAGAUGCAGAUGGAAGGUUACAUCAUUUUCGCCAUUGGCUUCGCCGAUGCCGAUUACGGCGAGUUGGUGAACAUCGCCAGCAAGCCCAGCGAGAGGCAUGUGUUCUUCGUGGAUGACCUGGACGCGUUUAAGAAAAUCGAGGAGCAGCUGAUUACGUUUGUGUGUGAGGCUGCGACUGCCACCUGUCCCGCUGUACACAUGAGUGGGAAUACCUUAGCAGGCUUCCGCAUGAUGGAGAUGUUUGGCUUGAUGGAGAAACAGUACAGCAGUGUAGAGGGCGUUUCCAUGGAACCCGGAACCUUCAACAGUUUCCCUUGUUACCGGCUACACAAGGAUGCCCUGGUCUCACAGCCUACAAAGUUUCUCCAUCCUGAGGGGUUGCCCUCAGACUACACCAUCUCCAUCCUCUUCCGCCUGUUGCCAGAGACGCCACAAGAGCCCUUUGCAUUAUGGGAAAUCCUCAACAAAGAGAAGGAGCCACUUGUGGGCAUCAUCCUGGACAACGGUGGGAAAUCCUUGACCUUCUUCAACUACGACUAUAACGGAGACUUCCAGGCUGUGACAUUUGAGGGACCUGAUGUAAAACGGAUUUUCUACGGCAGUUUCCACAAGCUACACGUGGCCAUCAGCAAAACAACCGCAAAGCUUGUUAUCGACUGUAAACUGGUGGGGGAGAAACCAGUCAACGCCGCGGGAAACAUCACCACAGACGGAGUGGAAGUACUGGGCAGAAUGGUGCGCUCGCGUGGGAAGAGGGACAAUUCAGCACCGUUCCAGUUACAGAUGUUUGACAUCGUAUGCAGUACUUCGUGGGCAGGUCGUGAUAAAUGCUGUGAGCUUCCAGGCCUGAGAGUGGAGGAAGACUGUCCUGCUCUUCCUCAUGCCUGUACCUGCUCCCAGGACAGUAAAGGACCGCCAGGACCCUCUGGACCUCCGGGAGGUCCUGGUACGCGAGGAGUGAGGGGAGACCGUGGAGAGCCAGGCUCAGUGGGACCUCAUGGGCCGCCCGGAGAGAUUGGACCGCCUGGACCUCAGGGCCCGCCGGGCCCACAGGGGCCCAGUGGUCUCUCCAUUCAGGGGCCACCGGGACCACCGGGGGAAAGAGGAGAGAAAGGAGAGAUAGGCAUUCCAGGUCCUCAGGGUGUCCCAGGAGCCAAUGGAGGACCAGGCCGAGACGGGCCGCCGGGUCAAAGGGGUUUACCAGGUAAAGAUGGACCACAGGGGCGGCAGGGACCUCCUGGACCUGUUGGCAGUCCUGGAGCUCCUGGUGCCUCAGGAUCCACUGGUUCUCCUGGCCCAAUGGGAGACCAAGGCCCUCCUGGUUCUCCCGGUGUAAAAGGAGAGCGAGGUGAAAGAGGAGAUAUGCAGUCUCAGGCUGUUGUCCGCUCUAUCGCCCGUCAAGUGUGUGAACAACUGAUUCAGAGCCACCUGGCACGCUACAGCUCCAUUCUCAAUCAGAUUCCCACUCAGCCCGUGUCUGUGAGAACGGUACCGGGACCUCCAGGAGAACCGGGUCGACCUGGAACCAGGGGAGCGCCGGGAGAGCAGGGGCCUCCGGGCAGACCCGGCAUUCCCGGAGCCAACGGCCAAAGCGGUCGGCCCGGGGAGAGAGGUCUGCCUGGAGAGAAAGGAGAAAAAGGCAGUCAAGGGGUGGGCACACAGGGCCCCCGCGGCCCCCCAGGACCCCCAGGGAUUCCAGGGGAAGGUCGCACGGGCAGUCAAGGCCCGCCGGGCAGGCCUGGAAACCCAGGAACGCCUGGCCGACCCGGUUCUCCUGGCAGCACUGGACCCACCGGCCCACCUGGUUACUGCGACCAGAACUCCUGCUUGGGCUACAAUAUCGGAGUCCAACAGUUACCUCCCAGUCCUUACCAAAACUACCAAAACUACGACCCCGCUGCCAAUUACCAAGAGGAGGAGGAAGAAGAGGAGGAAGAAGAUCCCUACCAGGGUUACCGUGGAUACCCUCCCCAGUACUAUCACUCCAGCUACCCCGACCCCCGUGCCGUAUAUCCUGGACGCCCUCAUCCUGACGGCACUGUCGAGCUGAGGUCCCCGGGCAUGCGCCGCCUGGGCCGUAGUGCCGAAUCAUAA